UUGUAUUUUUAUAUUAAAUAUUAAAAUAGCCAUGAGUUGGCGUGGCCACUGGUAUAAACAACCCCACAAGCGACAGCUCAUUCCAUCACCGAACCCAAAAUUAAACAAUAUGGCAAAUCCUCAAAAUGCGCCGCCGUGUUGUACCGUCGAUCCUUACGACCACCUCGAGCUCGUCCGCAACUCCGACGCCACCAUCAAGAUCCCCCACGCUCCAGCACCGUCCGAUCAAGACGGCUCCGGCCCGCUCAUCAUCAAAGACGUCCAACUCAACCCGCAUCUCGGAACUUGGCUCCGUCUAUACCUUCCGCGGCAGCCACUGGUAACCUUCUCCUCCUCCGGGAAGCUCCCUGUCGUCUUCUACUACCACGGCAGCGGCUUCAUCAUCUCCAGCGCCGCCUCCGCUCUCACCCACGACUUCUGCUCCGAAAUGGCCGUCCACCUCCCCGCCGCGGUCGUCUCCAUCGAAUACCGUCUCGCACCGGAGCACCGGCUCCCGGCGGCGUACGAGGACGCAGUCGAGGCCUUGCGGUGGCUGAAACGCUUCGACGAUGAAUGGGUGUGCGAGUUCGCCGACGUGUCUAACUGUUUUCUCAUGGGUUCAAGUGCAGGGGCGAACAUGGCGUACCAUGCAGGGCUGCGCGCGGCGUCAACGAACGGUGAUCUUGAACCGGUGAAGAUCAGAGGGCUGAUAUUGCACCACCCGUUUUUUGGUGGGUCUAAGAGGACCGGGUCAGAGAUGAGGCUGGUCAACGAUCCGAUAUUGCCGCUGAGCGUCACUGAUCUGAUGUGGGAGCUGUCGCUGCCGAUUGGGGUUGACCGGGACCACGAGUAUUGCAAUCCGACGGCUGGGAAGGGGCGGGGGCAGCUUGAUGAGAUAAAGCGGCUGGGGUGGCGGGUCUUGGUGACGGGGUGCGACGGCGACCCCUUGGUCGACCGGCAGAAGGAAGCGGCGGAGAUGAUGGAGGGGGAGGGGGUGGAGGUGGUGGCUCAUUUUGUGGAGGGAGAUCAUCACGGGAUUGAGCUAAUGGUCCCUGACAAAGCUAAGGCUUUGUUUGGGAUUCUAAAAAACUUCAUCAAACAACCAUCACGAUUUGGGCUACAUUUCCCGCCUAAAAAAAAAUAAAGAGAAAAAAAAAAAAAAAAAACAGAGAGAAUCUACUUCUUUUAUGCUGUGUGCUAUUAUCAAUGUCAUUGUUGGUGACUAUGAAGCGAUCUUGGUAAUGGAAGAUGGCCAACAAGGGAGCAGGAAUAA